AUGAGCAAGAAGGCAACAACAAUCACCUCUUUCUUCAAGCCAACGCAGCGCAGCGCGCCGGCAGACGAGGCCGUGGAGCCAAAGUCCAAGAAGCAGAAGGUCGGCAGGGAGCCGGAGAACCAGGAGCCGGCUGCCGCUGCCGACGUCUCCGACAGCAAGCUUUCGUCGGUCGUGGCCGGCGAUGCCGAGGCCCCGGCUGUCGAACCACAAGACGACAGCAGCAACCCAGCCGCCGGUGAGACCGACGGCGACCCUGCCGCCGUGGUCGACCAGGACGAGGCCCAGGAACUGACCGAAGAGCAGCUCAAGGCCAUCGAGAAGAACCGCGCGAUCGCGCAGGCCAAGCUGCAGCUGAACGCACUGCUGAAGCUCGAGAAAGCCACGAUGGCACCAGACUGGCUGCAGGCGUUCAAGAACGAGAUUGAAAAGGACUACUUCCUUGAUAUCAAACGUUUCUUGGCCGCCGAGAGCAAGGCCAACAAGACUGUGUUUCCGGUGCCCGAAGAAAUCUACAGCUUCACGCACUGUCCCCUGAGCCAGGUCAAGGUCGUCAUUAUCGGCCAAGAUCCAUACCACGGCCCUGGACAGGCACACGGCUUGUGUUUCUCUGUCAAGCCUGGAGUGAAGCCGCCGCCAUCGCUUGUCAACAUCUACAAGGAGCUGAACUCGGAUCUUGGCCCAGACAACUUCCCCAUCCGCAAGAAAAUGGGCUAUCUGGAAGAGUGGAGCAAGCAAGGUGUUCUCCUCCUCAAUGCAUCGCUCACCGUCCGCAGGGGCGAGGCAAACUCGCAUGCCAACUGCGGCUGGAUGAAGUUUACCGAUGCCAUCAUCGCAUACCUCAACACUCGCAAGCGCAACCUCGUCUUCAUCCUCUGGGGCGCCUUUGCGCAGAAGAAAGGGUCCUCUAUCGAUGGCAAAAAACACCUGGUUCUCAAGGGCGCCCACCCGUCGCCUCUCUCGGUGACGAAAUUCCUUGGCUGCAAGCACUUUUCCAAAACGAACGAGUACCUCCGCAAAAAUGACAUCACCGAAAUCGACUGGAACGCCAUUCCCAUGGAUCCCUGA